GGAGAAGUUAUAACGGGUGCCAAUUAUUUUGUUUUCAAACGUGUUAAAUUGUAUGAGGUUGCGUAAUUAAAGAUGUUACCGUAGUACUACAGCAACUGAUAUCACCAGCUAUGGAAUUGUUUUGAUAUGAUGUGGCAUUAUACUUCUGUUUCCAGUCGACAAUAUUUGAGGGUACAAUGUUGACCAACAAGCUGCUGACCCUGGUGCUGGUGGUGCAGCCUGGACGGGUGCUGCUGGGCAUGAAGAAGAGAGGGUUCGGAGCAGGGAAGUGGAAUGGGUUUGGUGGCAAAGUCCAACCUGGGGAGACUAUUGAAGAGGCUGCCAGGCGAGAACUGCUGGAGGAAAGUGGCCUCACAGUGGAUGCACUUGAUAAGAUUGGAAAUAUCAAAUUUGAAUUCAUCGGAGAAACGGAGCUGCUUGAUGUCCAUGUUUUCCGAGCUGACAACUACAACGGGGAGCCAACAGAGUCAGAUGAGAUGCGGCCGCAGUGGUUCGACUCGGACAAGAUACCCUUCAGUCAAAUGUGGGUUGACGAUAUUCUGUGGUUUCCACUGAUGCUUCAAAAGAAGAAGUUCUUGGGCUACUUCAAAUUUCAGGGUCAUGACUUGAUCAUCGAUCACAAAUUGGAGGAGGUAGAAAAGCUUUAAGACAGAUUACUGGCCUCUGACUCAUUCAUACUGUAUCAAAGAGCAUUCCCACAUGUUGUCUACCUGAAACAUCCCUGGAGAAAUACUGCAGAAUUCCUACUGAUUCCAGCUACCCUUGUUCAUUCAUAUUCAGUGCCAAGAAAUCCCCAGGUCUUUGUAAAUUUACAAACACUUUGUUGCCAGUGACCAUAUGCCUGUGAAUCAGUAAUAAUAAUUCCCACUGAGCCAAAACUAAAUACUGGAUGUGUAAAUGUUGCUGAGAUAUGUAUCCCAUUCCACUAUUGUGUUUAUAUUACAUUUUUAAAGUAUGUGCGAAUGCAGUGUGCUCUUUAGUAAAGAAUGCACCACUUUUUUGUUACUUUAUCAAACAGGUGGUAUGGUAAACUGGAAUGACAAUGAUUUUGAUUGUUCAACAUCCUGUUUAAUUAAAUUUAGUAUCAGGGCAA